AUGAAGGAUAUCGGCAUUACCUCCGCAAGCACCCAACUCGGUAUCAACGGUGGCAUGAAGUCCUGCUCGCUUGUGACCAACAUUGGUAUGUCAUUCGCUGCCGACAAGCUUGGAAGAAGACCCAUGUACUUGAUCUCCACCAUCGGUACGUUCGUGGUGUUCAACAUCGCGACCAUAGUAGCCGCUCGAUACGCCGCGACACCUCAGAGUUCUCUCGGUGCCGCAUUUGUUGCCAUGCUGUUUAUAUAUGGCUUCUUCUACGAUUUCAAGUAUGCAACAGCUCUGGGAUGA